AUGAGUCCGCGCUCCUGCCUGCGCUCCCUGCGCCUACUGGUCUUCGCCGUCUUCUCGGCCGCCGCCAGCAACUGGCUGUACCUGGCCAAGUUGUCCUCGGUGGGCAGCAUCUCUGACGAGGAGACCUGCGAGAAGCUAAAGGGGCUGAUCCAGAGGCAGGUGCAGAUGUGCAAGAGGAACCUGGAGGUGAUGGACUCGGUGCGGCGCGGGGCACAGCUGGCCAUCGAGGAGUGUCAGUACCAGUUCCGAAACCGACGAUGGAACUGCUCGACUCUGGACAGCCUGCCAGUCUUCGGCAAGGUGGUGACUCAAGGGACCCGAGAAGCAGCCUUCGUCUACGCCAUCUCCUCCGCAGGGGUAGCCUUUGCCGUAACUCGGGCCUGCAGCAGUGGGGAGCUGGACAAGUGUGGCUGUGACCGGACCGUGCAUGGGGUCAGCCCAGAGGGCUUCCAGUGGUCAGGCUGUUCGGACAACAUUGCCUACGGAGUGGCCUUCUCCCAGUCCUUUGUGGAUGUCCGCGAGAGAAGCAAAGGGGCCUCCUCCAGCCGGGCUCUCAUGAACUUGCACAACAACGAAGCUGGAAGAAAGGCCAUCCUGAACCACAUGCGGGUGGAAUGCAAAUGCCAUGGCGUGUCGGGCUCCUGUGAGGUGAAGACCUGCUGGAAGGCCAUGCCUCCCUUCCGCAAGGUGGGCCACGUCCUCAAGGAGAAGUUUGACGGGGCCACAGAAGUGGAGCAGCGGCGGGUGGGCUCCUCCAAGGCCCUGGUGCCCAGGAACUCCCAGUUCAAGCCCCACACGGACGAGGACCUGGUAUACCUGGAACCGAGCCCGGACUUCUGCGAGCACGAUGCCCGCAGUGGCGUGCUGGGCACCUGGGGCCGCCAGUGCAACAAGACCUCCAAGGCCAUCGACGGCUGCGAGCUGCUGUGCUGCGGCCGCGGCUUCCACACCUCCGAGGUUGAGGUGGUCGAGCGCUGCAGCUGCAAAUUCCACUGGUGUUGUUUUGUCAAGUGUCGUCACUGCCACCGGCUGGUGGAGACACACACGUGCCGGUGAUGGGCUCUCUGGGCUCCCCCCAGGACAAAGACAAAGGAACAGAAAGAUG